AAGACCGAGAACAAGCUACUGUUCGCCUGCAGAACAUGUUCCUUCACCGAAGAGGCGCCCUCAUCCUGCGUCAUGAGGCACGAAAUCGCGUCGACUGUCGGAGCGACGGCUGGUGUCACAGCAGAGGUUGCGCAAGAUCCUACGCUACCACGCGUCCAGAAGCAGUGCUCUUGCGGCGAGAACGAGGCUGUCUUCUUUCAGUCGCAACAGCGAACCGCGGACACGGGCAUGGCCCUCUACUACGUCUGCUGCGGCUGUGGUAAAGUCACGCACACGACAUGAACGAUGCAUAAUGAUGGGCAUUUGGCCGGCGUUUGAACUUUUACAUACGGCGUGGAGUCCUGGAAAACUAGUCUUCUGAUACCCGUGGGUAUUUAUACAAUGGCAUACACAUAUUUUACAGUGUCGCUGCGCUCC